AAAUGGAGGAUCAAAGGCGCGCCGGUGCGUGCUCGUUUACUCCUUGAUUUGAUUUCAAUUAUUCAAACUCGUUACAACUAUUUAGCAAUUUCUUCACCCCCACUCUUCUGUAAUACAAACCCUAUUUCUCAUAUAUAUACAAACACUGUACAUACACACACAACUCGAAGGAAGGGAAUGCGCGCGACAAGACAACUAAAUGCGCGCACAAACGACCUCGUCACGCUUCCGUGCACUUCUCAACUUAAAAGCCACUUCAAUGUCCGUUAACAUUAAUAAUAAUGUACUCUUAUUACAACCUUUUUCAUUUGAAGACACUAUCCAGUACCUUAAAAAUGCAGCUGAUACUAAGAAUCUCAUCUUUGGCAAAAUUAUUCAUGCCCAUUUGAUCACAUCAAGCCAGCUCAAUGAGCAAAGCAACAAUGUGGUUUUGAUGAAUUCUUUGAUAAAUUUUUACUCGAAAUGCGGUGAAAUUAGGGUUGCGCAGAACCUGUUUGAUGAAAUGCCCCAGAGGAAUAUAGUGUCUUGGAGUUCACUUAUGAUGGGGUUUUUGCAAACUGGGGGUGGUUUUCAGGUUCUUAAACUGUUUAGAAAUAUGGGUUUGGUGGAUGGUAUCCGUCCGAAUGAGUAUAUAUUAUCGACUGCUUUAUCGGCUUGUAAAGGGAUGCUUUUCGAGGGACAGCAAUGUCAUUGUCUUGGUUUGAAGAGUGGGCUUGUUUUUUAUCAGUAUGUGAAAAAUGCACUUGUGAGAAUGUAUUCCAUGUGUUCUGAUCUUGGCGGGGCUAUGGGAGUUUUGUAUUCCAUCCCUGGUUCGGAUAUUGUUACCUAUAAUUCGAUAAUAAGUGGACUUUUGGAUCACGGAUAUAUGAAUGAAGCGUUGGGUGUUUUAAAUAGGAUAGUUGCGGAGUAUAAGGCAUGGGAUGAAGUUACAUAUAUAAAUAUAUUUGCUCUUUGUGCUCGUAUUAAGGAUGCAAAUAUGGGUAUGCAAGUUCACAAUCACUUAUUAAAGAACAGCGGUGAAUUUGGUUUUUAUGUCACUAGUUCGCUGAUGGACAUGUAUGGAAAAUGUGGCAAAAUAUCAUAUGCAAGAAAAGUUUUUGAUUCGUUGAAUACUCGAAAUGUUGGCUCAUGGACAACAAUAAUGGCAGCCUACUUACAGAAUGAUUGCUUUGAGGAAACAUUGUCGCUUUUCUUAGAUAUGGAACUUGAGGAUGUUGAACCAAAUGAUUACACCUUUGCUGUUGUAUUAAAUGCUAGUGCCAGUCUAUCAGCAUUGGGUUAUGGGACUUCAUUGCAUGCUUAUACUGAGAAGUUAGGGUUUAAGGGUCAUGUUAUUGUUGGUAAUGCUUUGAUUAACAUGUACUCAAAGGCUGGAUUUGUUGGUCAUGCUAAUAAAGUGUUUACGGAGAUGAUAAAUCGAGAUAUUAUUUCUUGGAACUCGAUUAUUUCAGCAUAUUGUCAUCAUGGGCUAGGUAACGAAGCUUUAUCUCUUUUCAAUGACAUGUUAGCUGCAAAAAUAAAACCUAACAAUAUAACUUUUGUCGGAGUUCUCUCUGCUUGUGGACAUCUUGGUCAAGUACAAGAAGGAUUCUAUUAUUUGCAACAAUUGAUGAAUCAAAUGGGUAUUGAACCUGGGUUGGAGCACUAUACUUGUAUUGUUGGGCUUUUGAGCAAGGCUGGACUGCUGCUUGAAGCUGAAAAUUUUAUAAGGUUUACUCUGGUCAAUUGGGAUGUUGUUGCGUGGCGUACUUUGCUGAACGCUUGUCAUGUACAUAAAAAUUAUGAUCUUGGAAAACAAAUAGCAAAUAUUGUGUUGCAAAUGUACCCUGAUGAUGUGGGCACAUAUACUUUGUUAUCUAAUAUGCAUGCAAAGGCAAAGAGGUGGGAUGGAGUUGCAAAUAUUCGCAAGUUAAUGAGGGAAAGAAACAUAAAGAAAGAGCCUGGAUUGAGUUGGACAGAGAUAAGAAACAAUACUUGUGUCUUUGUUUCAGAUGACAAAAGCCACCCUGAGUUGAAACAGAUUCAUGAAAAGGUAAAAGAUCUUUUAAAUAAGAUUACACUGUUGGGAUAUGUGCCAGAUAUUGCCACUGUAUUUCAUGAUGUUGAGGCAGAACAGAAGGAAGAGUAUCUCAGUUUUCAUAGUGAGAAGCUAGCUAUAGCAUAUGCUCUGUUGAAAACACCUCCUGAUGCACCUAUUCGUGUUAUCAAGAAUUUGCGAAUGUGCAGUGACUGUCAUUCCGCUAUUAAGCUUAUCUCUAAGGUUACAAAUAGACUAAUAAUUGUAAGAGAUGUCAAUCGUUUCCAUUCUUUUCGAGAUGGAAAUUGUUCCUGCCAAGAUUACUGGUGACUAUAUAUAUAUAUAUAUAUAUAUAUAUAUAUAUAUAUAUAUAUAUAUAUAUAUAUAUAUAUAUAAUUGGUGAGCAGCACUUUAUUCCUUUGGUUUUACUUUGAUCUGUGAAUGAAGCGUUUUACUGAAAUGUGUACAUGGAUCAAACGGAUAGGACAAGAAAUCAAAAGUUCUAAAAGAGCAGUGCCACAUUGUUAAUGUAUUCCUGAAAAAUAAUAGCUUGUGAAUCAGAUAAAAAUUUAUCGGCCCAAAAGCAGGGAAAGUGUGUAUAGAAUGAUAUUGCAGAUGCUCUUCAAAGGAUUGGUGAAGAGCUUGGGAUUCGAAAUAUGAAGCGAGUGAGAAAUUCUUGAAGGGGUGUUCCAUGAGGAAGCUUAUGUUCCAUUUGACGGCGUAGAUGCUCUUGAAUCCUUCUUCUUCGAAGGGUUUGGUUAAUGUUGACGAGACUUAGGAAUUUGAGGAGGUUUGGAUGUGAAUCAGGAUGCCUCAGUUGGUCCUUUUUCUCAGAGGAUGAUGGCUUUGUGUCUUGAGAAGAAUCUGUUUCUUAAUGGGUCUAAAGAAGGGAGGAAUGAUGGUAUUUGCAUUGAAUAUCCAAAAGAGUGUGGACACUAAUAGCGCCAGAACUGGUUCGAAUUUAAUCAUGCAAUCAGUACGCUUGUUCUGACAACUACAAUACUGCUGACCCGGUUGCAGUCACAAUUCCUACUGGAAAGGUCAAGAUAAGUUUCUUGGUGUGAAGUUAUAUGCAACUGCUACUAUGCGAUAAAUCUGACAUCCACCCUGGUCCACUGAAGGAGAGGCAACUUGAAAACAGAAGAAUGGGGGAUGAAAUGUAAUUAUGAACAGAUGUGCCUGAUUUUAUAUGCUAAAGGCCUCGGAGUACCUUGUAAUGGGUCGGUAUUGUUGAACGAAGAACUCAAGGAGAAUCUGCUUGCUAGUAGAUCUGCCUUUGAAUUGUCAAAAAAGGUUUUCUUAUAGUUUGAAAUUAUGGACAUUAUUUUGGAGAGGACUCGACAUUAUUUUGGAGAGGACUUGGCAUGAUUUUUAUAUAGUGACUGAUUUGCCUUGCAAGUUCAAUUUGGCAGUGUGGCAGGCAAGAGAUCUAUUAAAUGCUCUAAUAACUGCCUGUCAGAUACUGAAAACAUAAGAAAUCCAUAUAGCAAAAUGACACUUGUCAAUCCCUAUUAUCUGAUACUUAGAAUAAACACUACUCCCUGUGAUUUCAAAUAAGAGUUGUAUAGAUUUUUUGCUCAAGAAACAUAUGCCUUUACUUAGAAAAUGUCAGUAGAUGCUACUGGAAAAAUAAUUCUUUUUGUUGUUUGUCAAAAACUUAAUAAAUAGGAGUGUGUCGAACACAUUUUUGUAUCCGUGUGCUUUAAUUUACAUAUUUUAUAUGCUGAAGGCCUCGGAGUACCUCAUAUGCUAGUUUUCUCUGUUUUGAGUAUUUGACAAACACAUUGUUGUAUCCG